AUGGGGGCGCACCCUUACUUGCCGGCGGGCCUGGACCUCCCGGGCUACGUGCCGCUGCGCCUCUCGCAGCUCGAGAUCGUCGGGCCCUACCUCGGCGCCUCCCUCUUCGUCCUCACCGCCGUCUGGCUCCUCUCCGGGAGGUGCGGCAGGCUGUCCAAGGCCGACCGGCUGCUCAUGUGCUGGUGGGCGUUCACCGGCCUCACCCACCUGCUCAUCGAGGGGCCAUUCGUCUUCACCCCAGAUUUCUUCACCAAGAGCAACCCCAAUUUCUUCGACGAAGUCUGGAAGGAGUACAGCAAGGGUGACUCCAGGUACGUCGCCAGGGACACCGCCACCCUCACCGUCGAAGCCAUCACCGUUGUGCUAGAAGGGCCAGCAUCGCUGCUCGCAGUCUAUGCUAUUGCAUCACGGAAGUCGUACAGCCAUAUCCUCCAAUUUACUGUGUGUCUGGGUCAGCUCUAUGGAUGCAUUGUCUACUUCGCUACGGCCUACUUGGAUGGCUUCAACUUUUGGGCCAGUCCAUUCUACUUCUGGGCAUAUUUCAUCGGCGCAAACAGUUCAUGGGUUGUGAUACCACUACUGAUCGCCAGAAGGAGCUGGAAGAAGAUCUGUGUAGCGAUUCAUCAAGCUGAGAAGGUGAAGACUAAGUAGCAAUGCCUGCAAUAGACGGUGUUUGACUGCAACCAAGACCCACUGCGCUAUAUGCAAAACAUUAUUUGCUGAAAUUGUUUUAUUCUUACAAGAAAUCUUGCGUGUGAUCUGUACUUUUUUGCAAACUACAUCGUACCA